GCCGCCAAGAAGGCGGGGGUGCCCUACAUGCUGCCAACUUUGAGCUCCUACACCUUGGACGAGAUGUUGGAAGCUCGGGCUCCUGACCAGGUGGUGUUCUCUCAGCUCUACGUGAAUCCUGAGAGGUCCCGAACGGAGGAGUACGUCUCCAAGCUUGAGAAGGCAGGCGUCCAGGCAUUGUUCGUGACCGUGGAUGCUCCUCAGCUGGGACGUCGUGAGAAGGACAUGCGCAACAAGUUCACUCAGCAGGGCUCCGAUGUGCAGGGUGAUGAUGAGGAUGAAGGCGCAGUGGACCGUUCCCAGGGAGCCACUCGUGCCAUCAGCAGCUACAUUGACCCUGGCCUCAACUGGGAGGACGUGCCAUGGCUCAAGAAGAUUACCUCCAUGAAGGUGCUCCUGAAGGGUGUGCAGUGUGGAGAGGAUGCCGUUGAGGCCUUCAAGGCUGGUUUGGCUGGCUGCGUCCUGUCCAACCACGGUGGACGUCAGCUCGACACCUGCCGUCCUGGCAUUGAGGUGCUGCCUGAGGUCAUGGAAGCCUUGAAGGAGGCAGGCGCUACCAAGGAGAACUUUGCCGUUUUCAUUGAUGGAGGUGUCCGUCGUGGUGGCGACAUCUUCAAGGCAGUUGCUUUGGGUGCGCAGGCCUGCGGUGUGGGCCGACCUGUCUUGUACUCCCUGGCCUCGUACGGCCAGAACGGCAUCGUGCGCAUGGUCCACAUGCUGCAGGACGAGUUGCAGAUGGUCAUGCGCUUGGCUGGCACACCAAACAUCCCAUCCAUCACUGAGAAGCACGUGAUCACCACCAACCUGGCUGACCACAUCGUGCCACUCCCCGUGGACAACCUCACCAUGAAGACCUACCAGGGCUUGGAGCCAGCAGCCAAGCUUUAA